AUGUCUACUUCGAAUGGUUGGGAAGGCAAGCAGAAUGAGUACAAAUCAUUCGGUGUCAACUCCAAGAUCGACCUAGACCGCGAGGUAAAGCUGUUUAGGAAUUCGAUUGAAAGGGCUUGCGAUCUUGCGAGUGAGAAGAAUGCUAUCUCAAAGACUGAAAACCCCUUGUUCUGGAGUUUGCGCAAUGCUUUCGUUGAAAAUGAUAUUGUUGGCCUCACUGAAGAGUUGACCUAUGGCUUCCAUAACUUUCUUAUGCGCUCGAGAUUUCCCAAGAAUAUCGCCUCUACGCAUAAAAAGAUCGCAGAUUUUCGGUUCCCUUAUGAGUGGUUUCCUGCUACACGGGCUAUGCAGCGCACAAUUCAUCUUCAUGUCGGUCCGACCAACUCUGGGAAAACCUACAAUGCCCUAAAGGCGCUUGAAAACUCCAAGUCCGGUAUCUACGCAGGUCCUCUUCGACUAUUAGCACAUGAAGUAUAUAGUCGAUUCAAUGCUAAGGGCAAGAAAUGCGCCUUGAUUACCGGUGAAGAACAACGUAUUCCUGAGAACGAAGACAAUUAUUUCAGAAGCUGUACCGUUGAGAUGGCCCCUCUUAAUUUACCAGUGGAUGUUGCAGUCAUCGAUGAGAUCCAAAUGAUUGGAGAUAGCGAAAGAGGAUGGGCGUGGACUCAAGCGGUCCUAGGUGUACAAGCCAAGGAGGUCCAUCUCUGUGGAGAGGAGCGUGCUGUGGACCUAAUUCAGUCCCUAUGCGCUACUAUUGGCGAUAAAUGCGUUGUAACGCGGUAUAACAGACUCAGCCCGCUACAAACCAUGAAUACGAGCCUAGAUAACUACACAAAUCUUGAAAAGGGGGACGCUGUCAUCACAUUUUCCCGAGUUGCCAUCCACGCCAUAAAGAACCAGAUCGAGAAGCUUACAGGGCGCCGAUGUGCCAUGGUCUACGGAUCAUUGCCACCCGAAACUCGCGCUCAGCAGGCCGCACUUUUCAAUGAUCCCGAUAACGAUUACGAUUUUCUCGUUGCUAGCGACGCCAUUGGCAUGGGCCUGAAUUUAGAAAUUAAACGGAUCAUCUUUGAGCAAACACACAAACGCACGAAAACCAGCUACCGGCAAAUAUCAGUGUCCGAAAUCAAGCAGAUAGGAGGCAGAGCUGGCCGUUACAGGACGGCACGCCAAGCAACCGAAUCAGAAUCGACAAAGGACGUAAAUGGAGACGAGAUAAUCGGAACCCCACCGCCUAAAACUGGCCAGCCUGGGUUUGUGACAACUCUAGAAAGGGCCGACCUUUCCGUCGUAAAGAAGGCAUUCACUCGCGAGCCAGAACCUAUACUGUCGGCUGGUAUACAACCACCACCGUCAGUCAUCGAACGAUUUUCAUCAUACUUCCCACCUAAUACCCCAUUCAGCUAUAUAAUAUCCCGCUUGCGAGAUAUUGCCCGAGUUUCUCCGAGAUUUCACAUGUGCGGGUUGAAAGAAAUGCUAUCGGUUUCCGAUUAUAUCCAACCUUUUCCCAUGUCGGUUUAUGAUCGAUGUGUCUUCCUAAAUGCGCCAGUCUAUCUGGCUGAUAAUGCGGGCGUUAAAAUACUACAAGCUUUCGCGAGGUGCGUUUCUAAUAUGGAAGGAGGUGAGCUCCUCGAUAUCCCAGAGAUCGACCUGGAACUUCUUGACACGAGCGAUGAGGCGUUCGGUAACUCACCAGAGCAUCUGCGACGACUAGAAAGUCUUCACAAGACGAUAACACUCUACCUCUGGCUUAGCUAUCGGUACUCUGGCGUCUUUCGAAGCCAGAACCUUGCCUUCCACGUUAAGGAAUUAUUGGAGGCUCGGAUUGAUGCUCAUCUGGCUAACGUUAGCGUUGACACUGCUAAGCGUAGAGCGAGGUUAGAAAAGAUUCGACAGCAAGCUAGUAAAUCGGAGCGUAAGAAAGAAAGAGUUCUUGGUGGAGACGCCUCGGUCGAUGGCCCCGGACAUGAAAUACCUGGCGAAUGGAAUGAGGAAGGGCAUGAAGAACCCUUAUAUGACAGCCCCGAAGAACUGGAACCCAUCACUCGGCUAGAGCCACGCUCUAAAAGGAGUAAGGCCAGUCAAAGAGCUUAG